ACAUACGUGGCCUGUUCUGAUGAUCUGGCAUUGUAUUUUCGUACAAAUCAUUCUUGCACGGUUAAAUUAUAAGAAAUCAGACGUCUUAUGUCGCUUAUACUACAUGUGGCCCUCCACGUCUGAAUACCAUAAUCUUAGACGGAAGACAUCUUGAUUUUAGUACAUGCUCAGAAGCCGACCUUGUCCAUUUAUCAAAUCGACUAUGUUUCGUUUCCUUGCAUAAACUAAAACUCAUAAAAAGUAAGGGCAACAAACAAAUCAUGACACCCAAUACAAAAGUAAAUGGAUCGCAAACAGUAUAAUUAUAUUUGGGUUUAUGGUAUGAACAUAUUUGAAUUUAACUCUAUAAAAUACAGUAUGUUACAUAGCAUCAUUCACUGUACAGCAAAUACACAUCUCAUUUAAAAUGAAAAAAAUACGUCACUAAUAAUCCUGCAAUAUGAGGACGUUUUUCAAAAAUGUUUAAAUUGUUGUAUCAUGUUUCAACGAUCUAUUCAGUCCGUUGAAAAGCAACUUAACCGUCUUUGUUAAUAGUGUUAAGUGGGCUGACAAAAAUGGUUGCAAUAUUUUCUUCCUGUUUGAGAAAAAAAUGACGAAUAUUACAGUCGUGUCUGUAGAUCGUUAUUGUUUCAACACGAACCACUAAUUGUUUUGAUUUGUUGCCUCAAGCUUUAUAUUUUACUUAUAGCCUCUUGUUUCGGAUAUUAUCGGUACAUCUUCAAUCAGACUUUAAAUAUCGGUGAUGAUGGUUCUAAUGGAGCGGACCGUUUAAGCUUUACAUAACAGUCAACAUAGUGUGCAAGGGACAGGCGCCUCCAAUAUCCGCCAUACUGGUUUGAAGACAUUACUAAGUGGCGCUGGAUUGAGUGUGCACAUUCUAAUCAGUGAAGACACGUACGUGUUAAAAUGGUAUUUCGGAUUGUUGCUUUCCUCAGCUUGGCAGUUGCAUGUAUGGCAGUUACUGUCACUGUUAACGGGACGGAAGUUGACUGCGCGCCAAACUGUGCUUGCUGUAAAGGUGGACAGUCAGGGUGUGGAAAUAAACCUUCUGUUGGAGAUAAUUACUGUUUGGCUGGAUGCGUUGACCGAAUAUUUAGUCAUAGAUGCAAACAAAUUUGUCCCGGUAACUGCCUUUCGUGCGAACAGGCAUUCGGUAACCCAUGUUACACUUGCAAGGAUACAUUUUACGAAGUCAACAGUCACUGCAACAAGACCUGUUCUGUCGGUUGUGAUGGGGGCGUUUGUAAUGACAAUGGAUCAUGUAGCUCAUGUAAACCAAAUUUUGAAGGAAACACUUGUCGAAAAUGCAUUCAAGGAAAGUACGGAGCAACUUGUUCUUUGGACUGUGUUCACGAGAAUUGCCAUUGUACAACUAGUAAUGGAUGUGAUUCGUGUAAAACGGGAUUUUAUAGCAACAACACCUUCUGUCAAACACCUUGUUCCCCUGGAUGUAGAAAUGGAGUUUGUAAUGUCGAUGGAACUUGUGACUGUAUCUUACCAUUUCAUGGCAGUAAAUGCACUGAAUGUUCGGCGGGAUAUUAUGGAACAAACUGUGAUGAAAUGUGUUCCGUAGGCUGUGAUAAUAAACAGUGUUCAAAAGAUGGCUUAUGUUCCUGUAGAGCCAAUUUUAAUGGAAUUAAAUGUGAUUCGUGUGCUGAUGAAAGCUACGGUGAAAACUGUGAUAAAAUAUGCAGUAUCGGUUGCGCAUCAUCGUCAUGUGAUAGGAAUAACGGAUUCUGUGAAUGUGAUCCUAAAUUUACUGGCGAUAAAUGCGAACAAUGUAAAUACGGCUUUUAUGGAACAGCGUUGGGGGCGUUUGUAAUGACAAUGGAUCAUGUAGCUCAUGUAAACCAAAUUUUGAAGGAAACACUUGUCAAAAAUGCAUUCAAGGAAAGUAUGGCACAACUUGAACAAACAGGCAUGUAA